GUAUAGUUUGACCGGUCAAGUAAUUUACACCAUCAUUUUUGGCGCCGACCGUGGGACCGUUAAGGUUUCUUCUCUUCUAAACACAAACCUACCCACCAAAACACCACUCGAAAUGUCUUCGAGCCAACAAAUCAACGCUACUUCCGCACAGGUGCAAGCCACCAAUGGUGCCGCCAGCAUCCCUGUGGCUGUUACCAUACCGGUCAUUUCAACCCCGGUGUUGCCUCUGGGUCUGAGCUCUGUCCCGACGGCCAGCGUGAUCAGUCCCUUCGCGACCCCCGUCCCUUCCACUGGACCGAGGGUUACGUUCCCACCAAGCAUGACUCAAUUCAUGAAUGACCCAGCCAACCUACAAGCCAUCCAGGGCUUUGGCCAGGUCAUGGCCAUGUGCCAGCAGAACGGGGGGAUGCCUUUCCUCCAUGGUAUGUUCCCAUUCGCCCUUCCAAGCGCGGGAACCAUGCCCCUACAAGCUCCGAUGGCGAUAGCGUCGUUCCAGACGCCGAUGCCGCAACCAUCACCUUUCCAGCCCCAGCUGGUUAGCACCAUGGCCCCUGUCAACUUGACCGGCGCACUUAACGCCGCAGGGCCGUCGCGUCCCCCGCAAGCUACGAAUCCGCAAAUCACUCCUGAUGGUCAUUGCGUCUCAAUUGAGAGUGAUGACGGCGAGUGGGACAUUCCGAGGGCCCACAAGAAGAAGAAAGGAAAAAACAUCCGGCCAGCGACCUCCCGAAACUCCGCCUUCGAAAGGCUGGGAGAUAGGGAGGAAGGCCAGAGGAAGUCAGCCAAGCAAAGGCUGGGGCAAAGCGUUGCCCAUGUCAGCGCGUUCGCCCGGCUAGGUGAGGUGUGGGAGGCCGAGCCUGCCUGCACCCGGCGCUCCCAGUCUAACCGGCAGGAGCCAGCGAGGACGAGGGCCUCCCACCAGGAAGGGGAGGCAGAAAGCCGGCCCAGGUUACCGGUGGCGAACCGGUUAACCAUCCCAAACGACUGUGUCCAGCAGAUGGAGGCAAAGCUGGAAAGGCUGGAAAAGAAGGUCGGAGAGAAGAAUGACCGGGACAAACCCCUGGCAGGGUCCCCGUUCACCACAAGGGUCCAUCUAACACCUUUCCCGCGAAAGGUCAUGAUCGACGCCCCUAGAUUCACCGGGAAGGAGGAUCCGGAAAUCCAUCUAGACUCCUUCAACCAGAGUGCGACCAUGAACGCCACGUACCAAGAGGCCUACCACACUGCAUGGGAGUUUGCUGAGGCUGAAACCCAACUCCGGGCAAAGAAAGAAGCUGAGCAUGGUUACAAGCCCAAGCCGGUGCAAGCCAAGAAGGAAGAAGCCCCGGGACCUAGCCGGCCGAGGCACCACUAUGACCCGGUCAUCCGAGUGGUCAAUACAGAAGAAUGCCAAGAAGUCCGGAAAGCACCGGUCAUUCCUCCAGAAAACCCUACCGGUCAAGUAGGGCGGCAGUGGUCGGGCACCUAUUGUUCGUACCACAGGUCAAAUUCCCAUAACACCUCCGAAUGCAAGAGUGUUAAGGGGGUCAUCCGACAGAUGAUCGACAGUGGAGAGCUGGGCAAAGAUUACUUGCAGAAAGCCCAGGAGAAGAGUCAUCAAUGGGUUAGGCCAACUGCCCCAGGGGAUGACCGGCACAGCGACCGGCGGAGGAAUAACCGGCCAAGGGAGCGGCAACCUGCUCCAGGAAAAGAGCACAUCGGCAUGAUCUUCGGCGGACCCGAGGGUGGAGAUUCAGCCGCGCAGUGGAAGAACUGGGUCCGGAGCAUUUACGUUGGAGAGGUAAGUGCUGAACCGCCCAGGCGUAAACAUACUAGGAGGGAGCCGAUCGUCUUUACUGACCGGGAUCUCCCUCCUACCGGUGAAGAUCACAAUGAUCCAUUGGUCAUCACCAUGGACAUUAAUGGGGUGGAUGUCGCCCGGGUACUUGUUGACACCGGUAGCAGUGUCAACAUCUUAUACUUGGAGACCUUCCAAAAACUCAGGUUGUGUCGAACACAACUUGAACCCCUCAAAACCCCUCUCUCAGGUUUCACGGGGGACACCGUUGAAGCUGAAGGAUCCAUAGUUCUACCGGUCGAACUAGGAUCAGGUGAAAAGACCGUGUGGAAGAAGAUGCGGUUCAUAGUUGUGGACAUCAAAUGCGUCCACAACGUAAUUCUUGGAAGGCCAGGCAUCAAUAGAGUCGGGGCAGUGAUUUCCAUGCAUCAUCUAUGCAUGAAGUUCCACACUCCAGGUGGUGUGGGUGAGGUGAAGGGCGACCAGAGGAACGCCCGGGAGUGCUAUGCCCGGGCAGUCAAGAAAAUGACCAAGGGGGUCAAUGUCAUCUCCCAAGAGAUCACAAAGGGAGAGGCCUGUGAGAAAUUGGAGCCCGAGGCCAAGACAGUGGAAAUCGAACUUCACCCGGGUGAUUCUACGAGGAUGGUCAGAAUUGGAGCAAAUCUCCCCGAGGAUCUCAAGGCACAGAUUACACGGGUCCUCCAAGAAUACGCGGGCAUAUUCGCAUGGAGCGUGGUGGAUAUGCCCGGGAUAGAUCACUCUGUUAUCUGCCACCGGUUGGCCGUGAGGGAAGGAAGUCGACCGGUACGACAGAAGAAGCGGUACCUGGCCAGUGACCGGCGAGAGUUCAUCAAGAAGGAAGUGAAGGACCUCCUCACCUAUGCGCUUUUCAUCUCCGCAAAAAAGUUAACAUCCUACUUCCAAGCUCACCCGGUAGAAGUCUUGACUGACCAACCGCUGGGUGCAGUGUUGCGAAAUUCAACAUCCUCCGGGAGGAUGGUGAAGUGGGCGAUGAUGUUAACUCAAUUCCACAUUGAGUACCGGCCAAGGUCAGCAAUUAAGGGACAGGCCCUUGCUGACUUCCUAGUAGAAAUGACCGGUCUAACUCCAGACUUACCGGUCAACAAGCCCACUGAGCAAUGGUGGGAGAUGGCAGUUGACGGGGCAUCCGGUCCUAGAGGAUACGGGGGUGGUAUCGUGUUCACCACCCCAGAAGGGUUCAAGAUCUACCAUGCAAUCGUCUUCAACUUCAAACUGACGAACAAUGAGGCAGAAUAUGAAGCUCUGGCUGGGGGGCUCAGACUUGCCCAAGCCCUGAAAAUCAGCCGGGUCAGUAUCAAAUCUGACUCUAGCCUGAUCGUUGGGCAAGUGACCGGUAACAUGGAAGCAAGGGAAGGACACAUGGCACAAUACAAGGACCUUGUACUUGCCCUGUUGAAAGGCUUCGAAGAGUUCAAGAUCGCCCAAAUUCCCCGGGCGGAAAACGCGGAUGCAGACCUUCUCUCCAAGUUAACGCAGUAUGCUCCCGAGCAUGUUUCAAAACUUGCCCGGGUAGAGAUCCUUGACCGUGCAAGCAUCGAAAAAUUGGAAGUCGCCGCCAUAACGGCCGAAAGCCAAUUUGACCGGUCAAACCUGGUCGGGGAAGACGACCAUUGGAUGUAUGAUCUGAUGGAAUAUCUGAUGGAUGGGAGCUUGCCAGAACAAGAUGACCGGGAAAGAAAAGUGAAGCUCAGGGCACCCCGAUUCCAGGUUCUGGAUGGAAAGCUGUAUAAAAGGGCAUUUGGGGGGCCACUCCUGAGAUGUCUAACCAACUGGGAGGCUGAGCGAGUCAUCGCGGAGGUCCACGAAGGCGUAUGCGCGGCGCAUCAAAUGUCCCCGUACCCCCAAGGGAAUGGCCAAGUCGAAAACGCCAACCGAACGAUUGUGGAUGGUCUAAAGAAACGGCUGGGAGAAGCAGGAAACAAGUGGCUGGAAGAGCUCCCACACAUCGUAUGGGCAUUUCGAGUAACACCCAGGAGGGCUCAUGGGGAAACUCCAUUCUCCCUAACCUAUGGGUGUGAAGCAAGGCUGCCCAUCGAAGCUGAAUUCCCAACGUUCCGGGAAUCAAAUUAUGAACCCCAACAAAAUGAAGAAGACCACUUGGCCGAACUCAACUUGGUCGAAGAGCGGAGAAUGGCCGCGGAAGUUAAAAUGAGUACAUACCAACAAGUUGUGAAGAAGUACCAUGACAACAAGGUUGGGCCGCGGUACUUCCAAGUUGGAGACGAAGUCCUGCGAAGAAGAGAAGCAAGUAGACUUGAACGGGGGGCUGAGCUAAGGCCUUCCUGGGAUGGUAGGAAUCAAAGGGCCAUUAAAAGCCUUAAUCACCCGGAAGAGGGGGCCCUGGAAGAAGGGUGCAUUUGGACCUUGGAGAGGGUUCGAAACCAUUCGACAUGGUUAAAUCUCCAGUAUCCUUACCGGUUAAGGAUACUUCAAGAAUUACUAGGUUACAGGUGUUUCCAUCUACAACCUACCGGUUAAAAAAAAAAGAAUACCCCGGUCGGGUAUGGGCACAACAGAACUUCGAAAGUUCCACAAGGCAAGGCAGGUGACCGGUCACACCAGGAAGUGGAAUCUACCGGUCAAACUGUACUUUAUCAAAGAAUUUGUGAAGCUGUCCAAAAGGCCAAAGUAAAGUUCGACCGGUCAAACUUUUUAAGUUGGCCACCAUGAUGAAGACGUUCGAAAAGCAAAAAUUGAAGUCUAACCGGUCAAAGUUACUCGAGCUAAUCCUUCAGAUGAAGUAAUCAAAGAGAACUUUGAAG